GGGAGCCACUGCCGGGCUCUGUCACCCGGGGUGCCCUCCUGAGUGCGGGGACGGGCUGGAAAAGCGGCUCCAAGGUCCCGCAUCCCGCCGUGUUCCCGCCUGGGCUGGGCGGCUGAUGGCGGGCUGGCGGGACCUGCGGUGCCGCGGGCAGCUCUGGGGAGCAGGAGGAGGAGCCGCGGUGCCCGGGAAGCAGCUGCGGUCAGGGGAAGGAGAGAGAGAGAGAGAGGGGGACAGACAGACCGCUGUUGUGAGAGAAGACGUGAAUGGGGUCAAUUAACGCGCUUGAAUUUUUUAUGAAGUUACCGGCCUUCGAGGUUUCAUGGAUCAGCGUAAUCCCUUAAAGAGCGUUUCUGAGCGCCGCUUGGUGUGUGGAGAAACUUGCUUUUCCUUGGAAGAUGAGUUACUUGGGGAAAAGGAGCGCAGGAUAAGCGGAUGGAACAGCCCCACGCUUGCAAUAAAAAGUAGAAAGAUAUUCUUCCUACGUUGUCUGACAAGGUUUAUUUGGGUAGGCCCCGUGUCGAUGCUGUUUUUAGUACAAGCAGGUGGCCCGAGUGAGUGUCACUGGAAGCCAGCGAGUGGCCGGAGGACAAGGUCAUGCCUGUGCUGCAGAGCUGAUGGCUCGUGAUGAGCCACAGGUUGAAGACUUUGGGUGACAAAUCAAGAGAUGCAAAGAAAAAUAGGCAAAGAACUGUUCAGUGUUUGCCAGAAUUUUCUGCUGGACUGGAAUUACUAAGCAGAUAUGAAGAUGCUUGGGCUGCCCUUCAUAAAGGAGCCAAAGAUUGUGCAAAAGCUGGAGAGCUGGUUGACAGUGAAGUUGUGAUGCUUUCUGCACACUGGGAGAAGAAAAGGAGCAGUCUGGUGGAACUGCAGGAUCAGCUUCAGCAAAUACCAGGGUUCUUAGCAGACCUGGAAUGCCUCACAGCAAACCUAGCCCAGCUAGAGGCAAACUUUGAGGAAAUGGAGAAUCAUCUAUUGUGUCUUGAGGAACUAUGUGAGCAGUGUGAAUUGGAAAGGUACAAAUGUAUACAGACAUUACAGCUGGAAAACUACAAGAAAACAAAAAGGAAGGAACUGGAGACAUUCAAAGCUGAACUCGAUGCUGAACAUGCGCAGAAGGUUUUGGACAUGGAGCACACCCAGCAGAUGAAGCUGAAGGAGCGCCAGAAGUUCUUUGAAGAAGCCUUCCAGCAGGACAUGGAGCAAUACCUUUCCACUGGAUACUUGCAGAUAGCAGAGAGGAGAGAACCAAUUGGAAGUAUGUCUUCCAUGGAGGUGAACGUGGACAUGCUGGAGCAGAUGGACCUAAUGGACAUGUCUGACCAGGAAGCACUUGACGUCUUUUUAAACUCAGGAAGCGAAGACAAUAAUGUGCUGUCUCCCAUGCUGGGGCCUGACUCCAACACCUACGUGAACGAGAUCAGUCUCCAGGUGCCGAGCCAGUCGGAGUUACGGCAGAAACUCUGCUCCCUGUCCUCGACCUGCACCGACUCGGCCAGCCAGGACGCCAGCGAGGGAGAGUCCCCCGUUGUCCAGUCGGAUGAAGAGGAGGUUCAGGUGGACACUGCCCUUGCUGCUGUAACUGAGAGAAAGGGUGCUUCAGAUGGCAGUGAUGAAAGUGACUCUCAAACUAAUUGAAUCUUAAAACCAUAUCCUUUAAGAAUGUCUUCUGAAUGAAUGAACAAGUGAAUGAAGAGCUUGCCUGCGUAACAAUUUGCUAACCAAGCGUAACAGCCAGAUCUUUUUACUUAGUAAUACUGCCUUUUUACAAAAUUGCCAGUCAUGUGGAGGUUGGUUUUUAAAGAAAAAAUUAUGCCUAAAGCACACACACUUUAACAGUAGUCUUGGGGCUCAGGGGAGCAGUAAAGCUGUUGUAUAUACUAUGUAUAAGAGAAUUUAAGGGGAAAGGUAGAAGUUACUUUGACCACUAACCUUUAAAUGGCUGAUUGGAAGUACUUAAGAGUUGAUGUGUAAUACUGAACCCAAAUUGUUCCUUGCAUGUUUUCAGCUGCUGCAACUGAAGAUUUAGGAUCCAAACCAAAAUGAAAAGUUAUUUUCUACUCUUUACUACCUACUGUCAGCCUCCUGCCUUUGUCUACUAACGCAGCAGUGUCUACUGUUCUCACACUUCUUAUUCAGGACCAACUUAGUUAUAGGUGUUAAGGAAAAAAUAAGAACCAGAGAAUCAGGAGAGAUGCAUAUGGAAAUGUUGCACUCCUUGUGGAGCAGGUAUCUUAGCAUUGUGUACUUACUCCUCUUUCAAGAUAAAAUAAAGAAUUUCUAUUCCAACCA